UAUCUUCGCCGCGUUUAAUUGCGCAAAUCCAAUUUUCUUCUUUGUCGGAAACAUCCUCGCGCAGCUUCGCAACGCUAUCAUUGUUGUGGUUAUUGUGUGAAGCAGCGUGUGAAACCGGAAAUAUUUAAAACCACAUUCUGUGUAUUAUUCUGAAGUAGAGGCGGUGUCUCCACGGUGUUUGCUCUUGAAAUAAAAUACAAUCUUUCUAAUUUUCUUGCAAUAAAAUCUAAUAUUGAUUUCGUUAAUUCAUUGUGCGCGAGUUACGUACAUGCAUGUGCAUCCCAUAUAUUUGCAUAAAGAUGAAGUGUUCUUCAAUAAUAUUGUUGCUAUUCGCUUUCUUCGGCCAGUACAUCAUUUGCUCUUGGCAGGAGGAUGUCCCAUGAUACGAUUGAACAACGGAAGAAUUCGCAUUCGAAGUCGAGGUAGAAUCGCGAGGUUUAAUUGUUUCGAUGGAUUUACUCUUGUGGGCAACAAAUAUUCCACGUGUGCACGUGGACAAUGGGACACAUCUGUCCCCGUGUGUGUGAACGCGGAAUGUCCCGUACCAUCAGCGCCUAGUCACUCAAUUAUAGUACAAAAAUUAAAUGGUGGAAUAUUAAUGUUCUUCUGCGAACCUGGUUACUUUCUGAUCGGUAACCCUGAAAUUUAUUGCGACGGACGUCAAUGGAAUGGAACAAUUCCUUAUUGUCGAAAGGCGAACGCAACCGCACCGACACAAUGCGAUUUUGAAAGUCCGGAUCUUUGUUGGUGGGAACAAGACCCACAACAUGAUUUUGAUUGGAAACGUCAUAACUUUGAGACACCGAGUUUGCAUAUUGGUACUGGUCCGACGCACGAUCACACUCUGGGAGCUGGAAAUGACGGAUAUUAUCUUUAUAUUGAGGCAUCCGGACGAUUGAUAAAUGAUACAGCAAGAAUCAUAUCUCCCCUGUACAAUUCUUCAUUGACUAAUUCAGGAUGUUUCUCAUUCUGGUAUCAUAUGUACGGUGCCACAAUUGGCUCAUUGAAUAUAUAUUUCAAGCAAGAAGAUACUAUGCCACGAUUGAUAUUCACCAAAAGUGGAAAUCAAGGAAAUCAAUGGUUCCAUGGCAUUUCCGAAUUACCAAAAGCUAACGCCAGCUUUCAGAUUAUCAUAGAAGGAGUGCGAGGUAUCACUUAUGUGAGUGAUAUCGCAAUAGACGAUGUCGCUAUUUUACAAGGAGAUGAUUGUAUUGUUAAAAAUGAAUCUGUCAACGUAACUGUAAGCGAUGAGGAUCAAAUCGAAAUUGUUAACGCGCAACAAACCUGUCGAGACAGAUGUGUUUCAUUAGAAAGCAUUGUAUCUAUCCCGCCAUUUGGACCAGAGAGUUGCCUUUGCACGAUCGAUUGUGCGGAACGCUCUAUUUGCUGCCCAGAUUACGCUGAAUAUUGCAUACUAGGAUAUAGCACAAUAUUCGAUAAUGUCACGACAGGAUUACCGAGUGCAGCGACGGUUGCACCGGUAAAGAAUUCUACUCUGACAGGAUUUCCUAUAAAUCCGAAGGAUGACAUCGACCCAGGUAUGUUCAACUUGACGACAUCGACAACAUUAAUGACAAUGCGAAGAUCUAACAGCACAACGACAACGCAAAGACCUAUGAUUUCAACGUCUCAAAUGAAGCCUCAAACCAAGAAACCGACUAUACGGAGAACAACACCUGCAAAAUUAACGCAGCAGACGGAAACGAAAGAAACACCUUUCGUACCCCAGAUAAAAACUUCGACAACGAAAUACAUAGAACUUCAAGAUCGAUCUGAUUUACACACCGUGAAGCAAAAUCCAGAAAAGGUGAAACAGAGUGGAGGCAUCGAAAUACUGGAAAUCAUUACCGCAGUGGGUGCAACUUUGGUCGCUUUGUGUGUGCUUUGUGUGACACUUGCGACUGUGAUUAUUGUUAUCAGAAGGAGGAAAACUUAUAAAAGAGGAGCGAGCGGAUCGGCGCUCUCGGAAGACAGCGAUGUCCGUUUCUUAACAUCGGACGAAAUCCUUGAUUUUAAUUUAGCUCGACCUACUGAUAAUGAUGAAAUGUAGCUUUACUUUAUCAAAAUUUCUCCUUUAAAUGAGUUUAAAUGAAGUUAAAUUAAAUUGAUUAAAUAAUUGAUUAACAAAUUGGUUAAGCAAAUGGAGCCAUAUAGAAAACUUGACACGCGAAACAUAAUCGCAGCUGUAUUAUUUUUAUUAAUUUUUAUUAUCUGAUCCUUUUAUCAUUUCCAUUAAUGGAUUCAAACAUUUUUAUAUCGAGGAAAUUACAUAUGUAGUUCCUUGAAAUGUUAAAGUUAUGUAUAUUUUUACGACUAUUUCAAAAACAAAAAAAUUUAUGCUAAACCUUAACUUUUGCCCUAAUAAGAAUAAUAAAUAUUAUUGCGAAUUUAUUAUUAUAUAAUAUAGAAAAUUUUCCAAAAAGUUAAGAUAUUAAUGUAUAUACAAUUUAUUAAUAUUUUGCAUAUGAAGAAAAUAGGAAAUUAUUAUAUUUAAUCUUUGUAAUUAUCAUUCAAUAUAAAAUUAUUAUUCAUUAUUAAUAAAAAAAUAAAUUAUUUU